AUGUCAGAGAAAAAGCCACGAGCCUCAGACACACGUCCCAAAUGCAGCUUCCGCAGUUGGAGUGCAGACAGUUACGUGUGGCGAGGGAAGAAACGCUCCCGGAGCUCUCGCAGCGGGUUGAGUCCCGGAGGUUUGGAGGCGGAGGGGACGGAGGAGCUGGGUGUGCGGUCAACAUCCUGUCCGAGGCGGAGAAGAGAGAGAAAGUGUAGCUGCAGCACUCUUGGGGAUGCAUUGACAUCUGCAGACAUUGAUGUAGUGUGUCGGAAGGCCUUGUCCCGGCGCUCUCUGAGGCAGAAGUUUCAGGAUGCUGUGGGCCAGUGUUUCCCUCUGCGCUCUCAUCAUCAUCACCAUCAUCAUCACCACCAUCCACCGGGCUCCUCACGACCCUUCUCAGUGCUCUUCUGGUCCAAACGCAAGAUCCACGUCUCAGAGCUCAUGCAGGACAAGUGUCCCUUCUCGCCCAAAUCUGAACUGGCCCGAUGUUGGCACCUUAUAAAAAAUCAUGCCACACACCCAAGUGCCCUCAAGGACAUGGAGGCUCCUCUCAAACCCAGUGUCUCAUCUUCCUCUACCUCCCCACCACAGACCCCCCUUUCCUGGGAGGAUAUCUGCUGCUCCCCUGGGCCUGGAAGCACCAGUCUGGAGGACUGGGACCCUUCUUGUCCACAUGGGGGAGCAGAGGGCAGCUGUGGCGACACUGACUACAUCCUGGUUCCAGAUCUCCUCCAGAUCAACAACAGCCCCUGUUACUGGGGUGUGUUGAACCGCUUUGAGGCUGAGGAGCUUCUGGAGGGCCAACCAGAGGGAACGUUUCUGCUCCGGGACUCUGCCCAGGAUGAGUUCCUCUUCUCGGUCAGCUUUCGGCGCUACAGCCGCUCCCUGCAUGCACGCAUUGAGCAGAACGGCAAGCGUUUCAGCUUUGAUGUGCGUGACCCGUGUAUGUACCGGGAUCCCAGUGUGACAGGACUACUGAGACACUACAGUGAUCCAGCCACCUGCCUCUUCUUUGAGCCCCUCCUUUCCAGGCCACUACUAAGGAACUUCCCUUUCUCCCUCCAGCACCUGUGCAGGGCUGCAAUAUGUAGCAGCACCACCUACAAGGGCAUAAACAGCCUACCGCUGCCACCUCAGCUCAGGGAAUACCUCAGACAGUACCACAUUAAGUGUGAGGGCGCCUGCGCUGUGUGA